ACACAGCAUGGGACAUUGGCGAUGGCGGCGAUGGCGUUUGUGCUCGGCGUGGGUAUCGUCACCUCCUCGCUGACCCUGGUCGGUGCUGAUCUCAGCCGGUCGGUCCGCCACCCGGGUUUCGCUGGGUCUCAUUUCCGUCAUGUCCCAAAGAGCCAAAGCCGCUGGCCCAAGGAUCCGGAACCUACUCUUGCUCGACGUCAUCGGCGUCGGUGGUUUCGCCAGAGUACAGCUUGCCCAAGAUGACAACGGCUCCUACAUUGCCGUAAAAACGGUCCGCAAGAACGACUCGGCGGCCGCCCAGCUGCAGUGUCUGCGCAAGGAGAUCCUGAUCCACUCGGGCAUCGAACACGAGAGUAUCAUUCGGCUUCUGGGCACCGAGGAAGACGACGGUCACAUCUAUCUGUUCAUGGAAUAUGCAGCCGUCGGAGAACUGUUCAAUCACAUAGUUCCAGAUGUCGGGAUCGAAGAGAAUCUGGCCCAUCUCUAUUUCGUUCAGCUUGUUUCCGGGAUGGAAUACCUUCACGGCAAGGGUGUAGCGCACCGGGAUCUGAAGCCCGAGAAUCUCUUGUUGGAUGACUAUGGAAACUUGAAGAUCUCGGAUUUCGGGCUGUCGACAGUGUUCAUGCACAAAGGCAAGCGCCGCGUGCUGCAGACCCUGUGUGGAAGCCCUCCGUACAUUGCACCCGAGGUCCUGAAGCUCAGAUACGACGGCGAUCGGGCGGACAUCUGGUCGGCAGGAGUCAUCCUGUUUGUCCUCCUCAUCGGCAAUACCCCCUGGGCCGAGCCCACCACCGCCGACGACGAGUAUCGUCUGUACUUCGACCACUGCUCUGGCAACCUGAACGAACAUGCUCCAUGGAACAGGCUCGGAGCAGCAUCUUUUGAUCUCAUCCGAGGCAUUCUCACGAUCAAUCCCGAGGAGCGACUUUUGUUGGAUGACAUCAUUGACCACAAAUGGUUUCAAGCCCCCAAUCCUCUCCUUGAGAGUGGGAAAUGUGGUGAUGUCACCAAGAUGGCUGAUCUGAUUAACGAGCGCAUCGCCCCGGCUGAAGAUCUGGAGGAUUCUACGCAACCUGUCGCGUUUUCACAACCAGAGACCCUCGCGAAGGAUAUUGCUGUUGCCGGAUCGGUUGUCAGCCCCAGUAAGCGAGUGCACAAAGGAAUCGUGUCAUUCUCCCAACCGGUAGAUCGCUGCCUUUCGAGCGGGGCAGAGCUUGACGUCUCCUCGACUCAGCGACGCCGGGCUUUGCGGGAACUUCUCUUGUCGGAACGAACAACGAGGUUCUAUCUAAACUGCCGCACCAUCGACAAAGCGCUGUCUGUGCUCUCUCGUGUCCUCGAAGAGUUUGUCGUCCCUCACAAAGUGAACAAGCGGCUUUCAAAGAUUGUGUUCUCCACGGUGGACAAGCGACGGUGUCCUUUAACGGGCGAAACACAGCUGCGGACUGUACUGAAACGGGUCAUGGUGAAUCUCCAAAAACGAAAGGGAGACCCACUUGAAUUCAAGCGAUUCUGCCAGUCGCUUCACAGCCAGGCAGUUGAUUUGGCCAACUUGGAUCAGGAUCCGUCGGGAUCUCAAGACUCUCCAUGAUGAUAGCUCAACCCAUAGUGUCUAUGAUCCU